CUCUACUUCCUUAGCUAGUAGCUACUGUACUGAAAAAAUAGUGGGGAACAACAUGUGGAAGUCACAUUAAUCGACUUUGCAAGACAUUGCAUGAUAUUAAUUUUUUCAAGAGGUUCAAAGUGUGAAUAGUACUGUACGUUGGAUUUUAACGUAAGCUCACCGAUGCAGGUUAGCUUAACUGACAAUUUAGCAUCGGCAUGUUGGUUAGCCUCAGAAACAUCUAACGUAACUGCUCAGCAGAUAGGAACUGAGUUAACUUUGUUUUAAUAGAGAAUAAGUUUUCCUCUUCUAACUAAAUCUCACAUUGAUAUAGUUAAUAUAAUAUGCGUAGCUUUGUUGGUGGUUACGUUUCUUCAAAACAAUGCUGAGAAAGUUAACUAACUAGCUAGUGAGUUAGCCUCAAAUUACAGUAACACCUAUUCUCAUACAGCUGUAGAAUAAAGUUAUCGUUAACUGGAGUCUAAAAGAUCAAUUAACAGUACUAACAUUGGUGUAUUAGUGUGUGUCCAUCCGUAAUGACUUUCUGUCAACUGUUACAGCUACAUAGCAAUUAGCUCCACACCUGAAACGAUUACUCCAUUAAGUGAUUAGUUGAUCGACAGGAAAUUAAUUGGCAGAUAUUUUUAGAAUCGUAUAAUAGUUUAAGUCAUUUUUCAAGCAAAAAAUACCAAUGCAUGUUCCAGCUUAUCAAAUGUGGAAGUCAUACACUGAGCAUCAGAGCAAGUGAUCAAAGGCAGCUGUCUCACCCGAGUCUAACUGCUGGGCUGAUUAUGGAUGACUUGGAAAGAGAGCUAGGGCCUCUUGAAGAUUUAGAGGACAAUGAUUCCUCAGACGAUGACUCUUCAAAAAGAGGAAACAAAUCAAAGCUCCCUCUGGUUAACCCCAUGUGUGUAGAGACACCUAAGGAAACUGGGUUUCACCAGAGUACCAGAAUCUGUCUGGAGCAGAUCAGAGAAGCCUUGCUGCAUCACAGAUGGCAAGAGGCAGCAGAAUAUAUGGCAUGUUAUGCACAAAUGUUGGACGACCCAACUAAUGGCACAGCUCAGCAGUAUAAGGAGCUUAUUUGGAGAAUCAGCGCUGAGAUCCUUCACCAUCACCCCAACUCAAAGAUGGAAGACUACAACAACAUCUAUGAACGAAUGAAACACUCAGGAGUUAGACAUUACCUGUUGAUCUGUCUGGAACAUUCGUUCCACCUGCUGCUUAAUGGUCACAUCGAGGAUGCAAAGCGUCAGCUGUCCGCCGCUGAAGGUUGGAGGCAUGGGAAGGAGUCAGCAGCUCAGGAUCAGAGGACUAAACUGAUCCAGGCCUACAGGAGUUUACUGGAUUACAUCAUCUGGUGUGACAAAAAGUUUACACACUCCAACAGCGAUAAUGCCAACUCUGAUGACAACCAUGGCAUGCACAACUACUUUAGACAGGCCUCUGUGAAUCUAAAAGAGAUUUUGAAAAAGCCUGGUGUCUGGGAUCCCUUCAUAUUAUGUUACGUUGAGAUGCUGGAGUUCUACGAUGAUCAUGAGGAGGCUUUGAAAGUCCUGAAUGACUACGCUUAUGACAGCAAUUUCCCACCCAAUCCCAACGCGCAUGUCUAUCUGUACCAGUACUUAAAGCGGCACAAUACUUCGGAGAGGAAACUAAUGAAAGUAUUGAAGGUCCUCCAAGUAUUAGUCCCAAGCCAUGAGUUGAUGUUGGAGUACAGCUCUCUCCUGCUUCACUCAGAGAAAAAAAGUGACCUCCAGAAAGCUUUAGGAGUUGUUCUAGAAAUGCUGGACUUCGCCUGCUGGAGGAGCAAUCUGGACGCGUGGAAACGUUUAAAGGCCAUUAUUCAAAAAUUACAGUUACAAGAAGACUGGAAGAACGUUGUCUCUGGAAAAAUGGCUGCAAGAAAAGACUGGUGGCCGGCGCUGCAUUUCACAAGCUUCCACGCCAGUAAAGACUCGGAGGAGAACCCAGAGCUCAUGGAAGUGAAGGCAUCACUGACAAAAAUCCUUUGCCCAGACCUAAUGCUGAAGUACACAGCUGGACAGGGAACCAGUGGAGAGUAGGCUUGAACUCACAGAGGAUAUUUGUGUCUUCACAAUCAAGAACAGGGCUGAGAUGCUGUCGGGAAACAAAGGGAAAAACCCCGGCAAAGGCGUCAUGAGGAAGAGCAAGAGUCUUCACAAAUACACUUUUUACAUGAAGUUUAUUUCAACAAGAUUUCUUUUCUUUUGUGUGUUAAAAUAUAUUUAAUUCAGUUUCAGUGAAACACAGAUGUGUGUUCCCAAGGUCAAAACUGAACCUCCAUAUUUUUAUUUUCUUUUUUAAACAUUGUUCCUUCAUGUUUGGUAAAUUGCGCCUUGAGCUUUAUUAUCAAAGCACAGGCUAGACUGUCCACUAUGUGGAGCUGCUGUUCUGUAGUUUAGCAGUGAGUAUCUGGAGGGUACGAGUAUCUCAUUUUCACAGAAACUGAGUAGUUUUGAAUGUCAGUGUUCAUGUUGGUUUCAUGGUUUCUGUAAACAUUUUAAUGGGGUCUUAUUUUGCCCUCAGCUGACCUUUGACCGCUGUACAGGGGGUCACAAGUGAGUGUACCCCACACAUCUCUCUGUCAGAUCUAUUGUCACGUCAGAAUAAUCAGCACAGACCUUUCAGCAACAUGAUGUCCAGAGGUUUAAGUAAGUGGGACAGACCAUUGACAGGUGGUUGCUGCUAAUAGCUUUAAAAUAUAGAAAUGUUUUCUCUAGUAUUACUAGUAUUACUUUUCCCUGAGGUUCCUUCAGUAAAAGAUCGUACUAGAUAUGUGCUAUGUCCAUCACUGUUGAGCUUGAUUUUCACAAAGUUCUGACAUUUCAGUGUGCCUUGUAGUAAAGAGGCAUGUAUAUUUUAAUGACAUCUAUUCAAUUUAUGUAGAAAAGAGAGAUUUCUGUCCUAAGAAUGUUUCUAGUGGCAUGACAGGAUCCUGGCCUGUGCUUACUCUCCUUUUGGACCGAACCAUGAAAUAAAGUCUUGCAUCCAGCAGCAUGCCAAUUUAAUAAGUGGAAGUGUUUGUAAUGAUUCUGUUUCGGCUUGCUACAAUGUUGGCCAUGCAGCAACUCAGUCAGCCGUACUGUAUGUGUGUGUUGCUUUGCAGUCAUUACAUAAACCAAAGCCCAAAGCACUUGCCCAACCACAUGAGCAGCUGCAGAAGGGAUCUGGGAAUACGUAACACAUGUCGUUUGAAAAUUCAAAACUCAGGGAGCGGUGAAGAUGGUGGAGUUAGGAGCUGGUCACUGCUUUGGAUUGUGUCCUGGUUGUGACCUUUUUUUCCCCCAGGGCUUUGAAUUUUUAAAAUCGCCUUCACAGAUGUUCACAGUUAAGGCAGUCAUUGCACUGUUCCCUCUGUCAUGGAGUGGCUCUGUUGGGAGUAUGGUUUCGUCCUCAAGGGCACCUUGACAGUUUAGAGCAAAUUUUAUUUGUCCAGGGAUUCAAAAUGGAGACACUCCUGUCUCAGGUCCUCUUGUGCUCUAACCCACUCAAAGGUCACUCAGCAAAGGAUCUUCUUGGGCAACUGUAAUUUGCUGUUCUUCACCAGAUCACUUGAGAUUUUGAAAUUGAACAAUUUGAUUCUUUUCUCACCAAAUCUGUCAACAAAGACCUUGCUGGUUUGGGUUUUAAUUUCUCCCUGACCGUAGCAGUCGGACCAACUGGAGAACAGUCCAGCCUCAGAGGUAGAUGUAAUCACCUUUUAGGAAUCAUCAAGACACACAAACAACAAAAAGUGUCCCUGAUGGAGCCAUCGGCUUGCUGUACUGCAGCAGGAGUCUGGGGAAGGGUGUCCUCGCUGUUAACAAGACUGUGACUAGAAAUUUGCCAAGACACCGAGGUAGUAAAGGGUAAUAUGGAUAAAGUACAGUACAUGUAAUUGUAUGUCGUGAUAUAAUCAGUAUAAGUUGAGAUAUCACAAAUAGUUUAUUAAUUAAAAGAUACACAUAGUGCUUAAUUUAGAAUGAAUAUUUAUUAUAGUAAGUCAACUGAACUUAUUGUGUUUUUUGAAGGAAAUAAAUGUGUCUGUGUGUACAGGGUAUGAACGUAUCUAAAGGGAGAAAGUAGUUUGUAGUUCAGUAUAUUAAUAAUGCAUACAAUAAUUCAGAUUAGAGCCUGAUAAAAUGUUGGCGUGUCUGAUAUUGUUCCGUUUCACCUUAUGACAGAUACUGGAUAUCAAAAUUGGUGUGUGAGUGUUUGUUUAUGUUAACUUGUUUAUGCUAAUAUCAGUCUAAUAUGGAAUAUUAGCCAAUGUACGUUAUCGUUUUUUUCUAAAUAAAUAGUUUGACAUUUUUGGAAAUGUG